AACGUAAAGCAUUUCACUAGUUAAUAAGAAGCUUGAUCUAUGGAGGUCAUUCUAAUUGCCCUGUGUAAUAAGCUAGUGGCAAGUACCCACUAGUCCAGUACACACACAUAUUGAAUCCAUACCACAGGCAUAUAGGUUCUGGAAUAUUUGGGAUGGUCAAUCUGCUGUCUAUGGUGUGGAGGAAAAUCCUGCGCAAGAGAUGGGUGCUAGGUAUUGUUUUUGGGCUGUCCCUUAUUUAUUUCCUCACAAGCACCUUCAAGCAGGAAGAACGAACAGUCAGAGACCGCACCCUUCUUCAGACACAAGAUCAGGACCAAGACAUCCGGUGGAAAGUUCAUUUUAACUUGGGGAACAGCAGCAGGAUCAAUGAUCAAUGUCGCAACUCUGUGCAAGGGAAGAUGCUCAUCACAGAUGAUCUUGGUUAUGUGUGUGAACGCAAAGAGCUUCUGGCUAAUGGCUGUUGUAAUAUCAAUAUUGCCAGCACAAGACGGUAUAGCUGUGACAGCUGCCUUGCCAAUGGCUGCUGCAGUGUAUAUGAAUUCUGUGUAUCAUGCUGCCUGCAACCUAAUAAGCAACUUCUGUUGGAACGCUUCUUAAACCGAGCAGCCAAGGCUUUUCAGAACUUAUUUUUGGCUGUGGAAGAUCAUUUUGAACUCUGUUUGGCCAAAUGCAGAACAUCUUCACAAAGUGUGCAACAUGAGAACACCUACCGAAAUCCUGUUGCCAAGUACUGUUAUGGAGAAAGCCCGCCUGAACUUCUUCCGAUUUGAGCUGCUAAGGAAAAUGGAAAUGUUGGAGUAGUGUUCAGACAUCAGUUCCUGUAUCUGGUGCUUUCAGCAUCGUGUUUAAGCUGGUUUAAGUUGUAUGUAGCCGAUAUGGCAAUCAACAGAAGCCUAAUGAUGGUAAACUUUAUCAUAAGUCAUUGGAACUUUACUCUUAAAAGAAAUGUUCCACUGACUGGCAACAUGACGCAGAUAGUAUAUUUUAUAUUAAACACAGCUGUGAGGUUUAUCAUAGGAUUCAAAUAAUUUACGCACGUUUUGCUGCUGCCAUGGGGUGCAUUUUUAGUGCUUUCAAUGGACAUUUCAUAAAAGAACACUCCAAUCUUAUGGCUCAGAAGACACUAUUAGGUGCAGAGCUGUGAUAAUCUGAUAAGUGAACUUUUAUGAUAAAGACAUGCUGUACUAUUUGAUAUCUAGACGCAGAGUAUAUAUUUUCCAUUAGAUACCACAUACAACAUGUGUACGGUUAUGGCGUUCCUAAUGAAAUUCCACUAAUGAGCAGGGUUACUGUAGUUUAUUUUGUAAAUAUUUUAAAAUGAAUUUUUUGUGAUCAAAUGUUUUUUUUUGUAGGCUUCAUCUGUCAUUUAUUUGCUGUGUCACAAAUGUAUUUAUUAAACAUAAGAUGUUCCUUAAUAAUGUCUAAAAUUAAAACAGAUUCAGACAGAAAUAUAGAUACUAUAAAGGGUUAUAUGGAUUACAAAUUCAAAGAUGACAAAGAUAAAUUAUACUAGGGCAUUGAAAGCCAGUGUCACAACAAAACUGAGCCAAGAGCCCAUUUUUGUCUAAGAAUGUUACCACUUUUGGUGUGUUUUAAUAGAACACAUAAGAAGGAAGGGAAUUUACCAUGUGUUGUGUUUUUUCUUGCAUAGACUGCAUAGUCACUGGUAACUCCAGUAAGUGAUGGUCCUUUGUCACGUUGUCACUGUGAUUACGUAAUAAAGCAUGCAGUAGUGUUCUACUGCAGAUGUUUUUCUUCAGAACCUAAACUGGUGUCUUACAGUGGGGACAUGCGUAAUACUUAAUUUGUGAAAUGAAACGUUCUUGUCUUAUUGAAACAUCAGGCCCUACUUGCAAGCUUCAUUGUAGUAGUGAUUGAGGACUCAAGGUCUUAUUUUUUGCCUUGCUUCAGGUUUUGUAAAUAAAACAAAUCAUAUAUGAUGGUAUCCUAA